CCGUCGAAGCUCGCAUCUGUAAACACUGUUGUAGUUUCCUCUCUGUAGCGCUUCGCCCUGCUGACAGGCGUCACACUAAGUUUGUCCUCGCCGCUCACCGUAGUCUGGUCACCACCGACCAACAGCAGUUGUUGUGAAGAGGCUGACCCUCCGCUGACAAACACAAACUACACAUUAACUCCAGCUGCUAUCGAAGCACCAUAAAUAGUGAGGCAUCAUGGGCAACACAAGUGACAGGGUGUCUGCAGAUCGCCAUGGAGCCAAGGCCCACCGCUCAGACAGCAGCGGCAGUCACAAAGACCAGGAACCCAGCAGAACGAUGGUGGACAGCACUGACGACCCCAACAUCUUCAACACCCAUGGGCCAGAUUCCAAGGCGUUAGGAGAGAAAGAAUCAGAUCCGAGUGACCAGGUGAAAACUGGUCCACAGGCUCGACCCACGGUCAUCCGCUGGGCUGGAGGGGGAAAGGAGGUCUACAUAGCUGGUUCCUUUAAUAACUGGAGCAUGAAGAUACCACUAAAUAAGAGCCAUAAUGACUUUGUAGCGAUCCUGGACCUGCCAGAAGGAGAGCAUCAGUACAAGUUUUUUGUAGAUGGGCAGUGGGUCCAUGAUCCCUCAGAGGCAGUUGUAACCAGUCAGCUCGGCACCAUCAACAACCUGAUCCAUGUGAAGAAAUCAGACUUUGAGGUGUUUGACGCCCUGCAUGUUGACUCUCUGGAGUGCUCAGACACAUCAGAUCUGUCCAGCUCCCCUCCAGGUCCAUACGGACAGGAGCAGUACAUCUUCAGACCUGAGGAGCAUUUCAAAGCCCCGCCUAUACUCCCUCCUCACCUCCUCCAAGUCAUUCUCAACAAGGACACCAAUAUAUCGUGUGACCCCGCCCUGCUGCCUGAACCCAACCACGUCAUGCUGAACCACCUCUACGCUCUCUCGAUUAAGGAUGGAGUAAUGGUGCUGAGCGCGACUCACAGAUACAAGAAGAAAUACGUCACCUCUCUGCUUUACAAGCCUAUUUAAACCUCAACCUGGGUGCUCAGCGGUGCUUUUCUUAGAGAGCAGCAUGUUUAUAUUCUGCUGUUUUUUUCCUGUAUCAUCACAUUUAGCCAAAUCUUGCACUGAAACAAGUUUACAGGCGAGCUAAAGGCCAGCAGCUGUGACUGUGGCUUGGUUUUUGAAAGGUUGCACUUCUGUCUACACAGGGCUCUGAACUAAAAGUAGCAAAGUGAGUGUAGGGUGUCGGAGAGAGAGGACAACCAUACUGUGGCUUUUACCUGUGACAUCUACAGACGGAUAAGAGACAGACUGAAUCACUGUGUGUGUAUUCGAGUGCUUGCUGCAACUUGUGAAUAUAUGCAUGCCCGUGUGUAAAACGAGGAAGAGGGUGAUCUGUGAAGAAUCGGUUUCUUUAAUGGUGAUUUAACGGACGUUCUCUUAAAGUGAGGGCUUUUAAGUGUUAUUGAUGUGGAUCAACAGUUUGAUUUUAAAGUGUUGUCAUCAUAUCCUCCUUGAACUGAUUUGAAUUAAGUUUUGAACUAAUUGACUUGACAGCAUUUGUGGCAAGUGCAUGUAGAAUAACAGAAUGGCCCAAAGCCAGCGUCUAGAAGCUGAAGAGAGCAGCAGACUUGGCAUCGGUUGAACAUGAAGUGCAAUAACAUGCUAUGAAAAGAACUUAACUCAAGAUAGACUCACAAACAUGAUGAGCAAGAACAGGAUGAAGAGGCAGCAUCUUAUUUUGUCAGAACAUGUUACAUAUAAUGUCUCACAGUGCAGCCAUCACAGUGGAAUCUACGUGAACCAAACUACCAUUAAUGGUCACUAUAGAUGGAGUACUUGUCUGUUUCAAUAGACUGUAUAUAUAGAUGGACGACGCGUCUCCACUUCCUCCCACUGUACAGAAGUGAAGCCAAAAUAUCCCGGAUACGGGAGCUGCCAACUUGAGAUUUUGACGUCAUUUGGAGUCAGUAGUGAUCGGGCGGUUCACGAGCCAUCACGGAGAGAAUCACAGCUGUCAAUCACCCACUUUUUAUAACAUGAAAUAACUAAUUUAAACCAAACUUAUCAGAAAAAUUAACAUUUGAACAUACAUCUGCGUGAUGAGAACUACCUGAAAUGACAGAAAUCAUCUUUAGGUAAAAAUGUAUUUGACGUGUACUUUGACUUUUUAGUUUGGCCCAUGUCCCAUCUGCUAACAUGGAGGAGGCAGGCUUUAUGACCUAUACUGCAGCCAGCCUCUAGGGGGAGAUCCAGAUGUUUUGGCUUCACUUCUGGGGAGCUGUCAUGUCGUCCAUUUGUAUAUACAGUCUAUGGUUUCAACGGGAAAAGCCCACUUUCCAGAUGGGGAAUGGAGGUCACAGGUCAAUGUUUAGUUCUGCUGUUGCCUUUAUCUUGACAUCGUUUUGCGAGCACUUUACCAUCCUGUGAGCAGGAGUGUUGAUAUAAGCUUCUAACUACGCCGCAGACAACUCUACUACUGUACUGUAGCUUCUCUGGAUUAUAAAACCCAAUUUGUGCUUUUUUUCUUCUUUAGAUAUGAUGACCUUGCCGUGCUUUAUAUGUGUGUGCAUCUGUAUUGAGUUCUAUUUAUCGAAUAGGAAUGUACUGUAUGUUCUGUUACAUGUGUAGUCAUACACAGUUUGAACUUGCUGCUUUGCAUGCAUUGAAUGUUUGCAACUUGUGAGGAUUGCAGACUUGCAGAUUGACUGCAUUCAGAUGAAUUUACAGGGCUAUGAGGAGAGAUAGUUGCCAUGAAUUUAAAAGUUGUACACGUUUGCUCAUGUGUGUGUGUGUGUAGUUUACAGUACAACCAUUUAAGAUGAUCUGUAUUUUGAGGUAAGGUGGCUUUGAAAGUUAUUUUUGUCAAGUCGUGCUGUUUAAUAGUGUGCACUUACAGUACCAUAUAUACCGACGGUUGAUACACUAUACAGACUUAUAAAAGGGGCUUUCAUAAAUCCUGUUGGUGUUCAACUAGACGCUCUGAAAGUAUUUUGUGAAUGUUGAGCCUAGCCAUGAAGUUUUAGAGUUUUUAAGACGUGAUAUGAUAAGGGAGAGUGGACUAACACCAUGGUGUUUCAAGGCUAAAACCAAAACUUGAAUUUUACAACCGUUUCAUGAAUGUUUUAAAAUGCUUUGCAGAACCAGUGUGAUGAUUCUCUGUACAAGGUUUUACUUGUUUGCAAAUAAAGAGAGGACACGCUGGUCCUAACUCCU